AAGUAAGUCAAAAUUGAAACCUGCACCAAACUUUGGAGCACAGAGUGAUGAAAUUGAAAUCUUUGCUCCCCCACCAGUAGAAACUGAAUAGCCAGAAACAACAGCCAAUGAAAAUUCCCCACCUAAACAUGACAAUACUGCUGAAAGUAGUGCCAUUGAAAAUAUUGAAAAUACUCCAGUUAUAUCACAUGACAAGACUGCUGAUCCUUUUGUUGAGGAUGAACCACAUGAUGUAUCACAUGAUAUGAAUGUAAAAAAUAAAUCUUUAUUACUAGAAUCCAAUGAUUUAGGUCCAGAAAUGGCACGAAGUUUAGAAAUGGUUCAUGACUUUGGAGCGAAUGAAAUGCCAAAUGAAGAAAACGAAGGAAUUUCUCCAGCACCAAAAGGGUUCAGUGAUUCAGUAGGUUUGGAUAUAGCUGGCGAUGCUCAGAUAAAUUCAGUGUAUCUUGCUGGUAAUGCCAAUGUAGAACAAGCUCCAAAAUCAUCAGAAAACGCCAAUUUUGAAGAACUUCUUAGUAUGUUCAUGAAGAUAAAAGAAACAGGGAACAGUAGUUAUAUUAACUUUAUCUAUAAAUUCGUAAUUUUCAAAAAACAAAAAUCAAGGAUACAUACUAACAACAUCCUGGAACUAAACUCUGCAAAACCAGAUUUCAUACUUGGUACCGAAACCUGUCUUGACAACAAUUUAUCCUCGUUCGAAUACUUCCCAACAGAUAUCUAUAGAACUGAUAGACCAUCUAGUAAAAACAACCAAAGCUAUGGGGGAGUAUUACUUGCAGUCACAAAAGAAUUUGUUAGCACAGAAAUUCAAGAACUAGAAAUUCACGUGAAAAUUUUCAUGUGA